AUGGCGUCUCAGUGUGCCUUAUAUAGGGGUGAGGAUGAUGAGGAUGCCAUCUCGCUCACAUCCACUGUGCCUAGUGAGCCGCAAGAAGAGUAUAAUAUAACUGGCGUACUGGCUGAGAGGAUCGCGGACAACGGCGCGACCGAAUAUCUUGUCAGCUGGGAAAACUAUCCUAUUCAUAGGUCCUCCUGGGAGCCGGCAGAGAAUUUUGGGGACCCUGAAACCACACUGAGAGAAUGGAACCAGAAGAAAGAGGCAAUUACGAAGGGAGAUGCGCCCGAGUUUGACCUUAUUGCUUUUGAAAACCUCCUCGCAGGAAUAGAGGAGGCCAAACUACGAAGGAAAAGAAAACGUAGGCUCAAGCGGAUGCGUCUUGGGCUGGCCUGCGGAAGCGAGUCCGGGGACAACAAUCCAGAAAGCCACGAGGAAGAUAAUGGUGAUGGUAGCAGCAGAAGCAGCAGCAGUGAUGAACCCACGAGCUCACGCAUUUCUCCUGCCUCGAGGAAAAGAGGGGCUGGGAUCCUCCUGCCAAAGCAAGAGUUGAUGGCUACUCGAAAGUCGUCCAGUAGCGCAGCUGGUAGCUCAGAUGCAAUCAAGGGACGUACUUUUAAGGCAGCUCUCCGUGGGGCGUCUCAGCCUCCAAGGCAGCUAAAGAUACCCCCUUCCUCAAAACUAAAAGUACCAUCUACGGCGCCUCCCCCCAUAAAAGUGUCUGAAAAACGUGGAACUAGGCUACCGAUCAGAACAUCCUCUGUCAAUGUUAUAGAGCCCGGGAAUGAGGGUCAGACGGUGCAGUCAUCAACCGCUAAUCCUCCCACCAGCAUGGCUCCUUCAAGAAAGUCUGUAUUCACUUUCGCACCUGCAACGGCUCGAAGAGGCGGCUCCAUGACCGCGGCAGUAGGAAGCAGGCAGCCCUCGGGACCCCCAAACAACAGACUCUUUCGAACCCUAUCAACUCAGCGGAAAUACCACAAAAUGUCUCGAACCGAGAGGCCCCCUGACAUUUCUCAACUUGAUCUUCGGCCUCCAAGCGAGUGGUUGACCGCUGCAGGAAGGUCUGCACUUCCAGAGAUCUCUUUAGGUAGGAAACGUAUCGGAGCAACUUCAAUGUCAUCGUCGAUAGAUGAUUUGUUCGUCGCUGAGGAUGAUAACAACGGUUCUCUCCCAAAUAACCCGCCUCCCGUGCUUUCCAAGGAUUCUAACACGAACGCCGACGGCAAAUCCCUAUGUACAAGGAUUUGGCGUGAAUGGAACAAAGGGGAUGUUAUGGUUCACCUUGUAUUUAGUGCAAAGGAAAAAGUUAUUGGAGAUAUACGUAUCACCGGUCUCCCUCAUUCAGCUAGAUCUUGGUUGCUUUCUUUAAAGCAAGGUGAUCAAAUUGUUAUUGAUCUUCAGGAACUUUGCUCCCCCAAGGAGUUUCUCCAGCUGGAUAUAUUUUUAGGUAUUUCUAACUUAUUAUUCUUGCAGGAGCCUAACAAAGUUAAUCAUGGGCAUGUUAUCCCUUAUAACGAUACGAUGAAUCAAGUAAAUUACUUAACAGAGUAUCUACUUAACAAUCAAUCAGCUGCAAUCUGGCGUUCCCUAGUCUGGCCAAGUCGCAGUAUAAUUAUAUACCCUUCCCAAGCUUAUGAGUGGAGAUUUCUUCAUAAGCAAUCACCAUCACAUCUAUCCCCAAUGCUUCGGCUUGUCAUUAUAACUCUACCUGAUACCUCCGAGUUAAGAAAAAUACCGCUGCCUAGUCCAAUACCAAGUUCUUCACAUCAAACACAGUCAGAUGUACAACUAGGGAAAGGUCCAGAAGAAGUUGUACUUGUCCAAGGAUACUCAGAAAUAGCUGUCGGCACCGCUACCGAUACACCAAGUUUGGUUUCUUUGCAGGAACCACCUCGCACUAUUACUCUUACUCCUCUUAAGACACCGCUGCCUCCGAAUGAAUCGACUUCAUCACCAGCACAACACUCGUCACGAGAACUUGCCACUAAAUCCCUACCCGAGAGGACCCGGGAUUUAGAUGUUGAGACUUAUUUUCAAAAUCACUACCGAAUCACUUUCGAAUACUUAACUCGUUCGAAGUAUUCAAAGUAUCGCAAAGAGACACUACCGGUGUUUUAUCUUAUAUUCCCCUCAAUAGAAAGGGAGGAACAUGACUUGAUUCAGCAACUAUUAGUCUUCAACAGAAUAGCUCCCUAUUCCCACAGGAACCAAGGGGAUUGGACAAAGUUUAUCAAAGAUGUGACCGAAGCAGAAGUAAAACCGCAAGGCAUAAUAAUUUGUCAUCAGAAGUUUAAUGCCUAUAAUUGCAUGCCUAAACUUCAGGAACUUCUUCACCACCAAGUAAAUGUAUUCUCUUUGUCGCUGGCGCGCCCAUUUAAAUCUGUGAAUAAAAGGCACCAUAUUAUUCGGCUGUUCCCUAAUGGAUGUGUGAUUCUUAUAACGGAGGACUUCAUUCUUCACGACCCUAAAAGCGCAUUGAUGGUGAUAAAAUGGGUCUCUAAUAUGUUUUGGGAUAAUAAUGCCAAACGUGGCCCUAAAUUAUUUUUCCGCCCAAAUAUACGACUUUGGCUACAACAGCUGUGGCCAACUUGGCCGGAUGAGACUCUAUACCAUAUUUUUUGCAUUCUAGAAGCUCUCAUACCCGACUAUCCCAGCGGAUGCUACGUUCCUGGUCGCGAAGACUACCCCUGGAGCUUAGAUGGAGAAACAGAUGACGAGGGUCAGCCUCACGUCGUCAUUUCUACCCCUCAUAUACCGAAUUAUGGCUGGAGAUCUGAAGAUGAGCAUCCAGAUAUACCUAAGAAUUUGACGCAAGGGGCGCGAAAUACCGACCAUCUUGUUGAAUAUUUCGCAGGCUGGGCCAUCAGUAAUGUCGAAAAUUUCAGGUAUUUCCCUGUGCUGGUACAUUCAAUGCCCCAAUUACGAUGGGAAAAAUGGAGCCAUAUUGAGAUACUAAACUAUCCUGCUUUCUAUGAAAUAUACAUGAAGGCUGACAUAGCGGCCACUAGCGAGUCAACACGAAACCAAAAAGGUCCUUCUCAACCUGCGAUAGCUGAGAGUCAAACUAAUACAUGA